AUCGCGCCAUGCUGAAACACCUGCCUCGCAUCCACAUAGAGCCCGCCCCCUUCGGCUCUCAGCCAAUCAGGAGCGAGAUGGACGGGAAAGCCGCUCGGUUUGAGUUGGAGCGGCGGGCGUGCCAGAGUCUGCGGAAAGUCCUCCAGCUGAAGCUCCAGCAGAGAAGAACCCGAGAAGAGCUGGUCGGGCAGGGAAUCAUACCACCUCUGAAGAGUUCGGCCUCUUUCUACGAGCAAAAACGGAGUCUCGAACGUGCACGGACAGAGGACUACCUGAAGAGGAGGAUCCAGCGGCGUCCCGAGCGUGCAGAGCUCAUCAGAAUGCACAUCUUGGAGGUCCACCUGUGUGUGUGUGUGUGUGUUUGUGCGCUUUCAGAGGGCACAGCAGAAGACUUCGGGCUGCAGAAAAGAGCUCGUCUGGCGGAUGAUCUGAACGAAAAGCUGUCCCAGAGGCCCGGCCCCAUGGAGCUCAUCCACAAGAACAUCCUGCCCGUCCACGGCAGCAUCAAAACGGCCUUUAUAGUUCCAGAGUUUUCCAAGGCGUCAGACGAGCUCUCCUCCGCCGAAGAGGACAGUGUGGACAGCGUGGACUCUCCUCUGCCGUGUGGGACGCUCACGCUCACCGUCGCCCCCUGUCGUCUGCAGGAUCGUAGCGUCUCGCCUCUAAAGCCGCCCGCCCCGGUGUCCACGUCUGCCCACGGGACGACUCCUGAGAACAAGCAGAAGAUAAACUCUGAGCACUGCGUCCAAAAACACAAGAAAACCAAAGACGAUAAGCCAAAGAUGAAAAAGCUCAAGUAUCAUGAGUAUGUCCCUCCAGACCACAAGGGGGAGAAAGAGGCUCCUCCUAAACUCGACUCGUCUUACGCCAAACUGCUCCAACAGCAGCAGCUUUUCCUCCACCUGCAGAUCCUCAGUCAACAGCAAAGACAGCAGAGCUCCACCCACACCCAACCACACCCACCAACAGACCAGGAGCAGCUCAAGUCCACUCCAGUUUUACCUGAUGCUCCUUUGGCCACAAGUGUCAAAGCUGAAGAGAAGUCAGCGAGUCUCCCCCCGAACCUGGAGGAACUGAAGGUCGCUGAACUCAAGGCCGAGCUGAAGCUGAGAGGCCUCCCCGUGUCGGGCACCAAGAGCGACCUGAUCGAGAGGCUGAGGGGGGCGCACGCGGCCGGGAGCGGUGCACGCGCUCAGCCUGCAGGGGGGGGCAGAGAGCCGGGGGCGGAGGGAGCGGCGAAGGCGGCGAAAACGACUGUGAACGGUCAACUGGCACUGGCUGCCAAACCCAAAUGUUCAACUCUUCAGAUUAAAAACUCUGGACACAACUGCUCCAAAUCUACGUCCUUAACCUCCCCUGAAAACUCCACUUUUAUCACUGAGCCAAAAGAGUUUAAAACAGAAAUGCCUGACCAUGAACCUGCGCUCACUCCACAAAUAAACAUCAGCAUCAAAGAAGAGCAGCUGAGCCCGAUACCGACGUCCGCUCCCGUCGAGAAAACGCCCAAAACCCCAACGUCGCCCGCCGCGUCGUUGGACAAAGACUCCAUGCUGCGUCAGAAGGACCGACAGAUCGAGGAGCUUAAACGGCUGCUGCUCCACAACCAGCGUUUAGUCGACGUGCUAAAAAUGAAACUGGAGAUGAGGAGGAGGAGCGAAGAGCAAAAGACCGAAAUGAUUCUUCAUUUGAGAGUCGCACCUCCAGAUAAAAACGGCGAACUUCACGUUAAGAUUAAGCAAGAAGACGCAGACGACGACAAUACGGGAACUUUGGGACAGCUCGACCCGAAGUUAACUAACGGAGAACAAAAUGGCCGACACCAGCAGGCGGUUCACAGGCUUUUACUUCAGCAACAGAGCAAACUCCACAGUCGACCGCAGGCAGUUCAGACGCACAAUCAGAGAGACGAGAACCGCCACAAGCAGGAAAAAGUGUGUCAGGAGAGGAAGAAGAAAGCCCCCCGACAGCAGCAAAGAGUGGAGCUGGACUCGCAACAGAUUCUGGUAAAGCAAGAGCGGAAAGACCAGCAAAACAUUCAAAUCCAGACCAAGACAGAGCUAGAAAAGCCGAAACAGGAAACCGCACAGGUGUGUCCAGACCAGCAGCUUCAUCAUUUACUUCCAUUUGAUCUGAAGAACAACGCCACGCCCGCUAUAGUCACCGACGGCAACGGAAACCACUUCCUGAUCGCGCUGACCAAUCAAAUCACAGACAGCCACGCCCACGGGAACACGUCCAAACACGUCACUCCGCAGAGAUUCCAGUGGUCUCCCUGUAAAGUCCCAGGACACGGCGCCGCUCCUCUGCCUCGUCCCGAUAAUGACACCAGAGCGAUUAUGCACACGGGCGGUCCCACGCAGCCGAGCGCAAAGGCUCAAAGUGCAGGACUGAACAGAGCCACGGCGCAGCACCAGCUCAGAGAGAGGCCGUGUGAGGAGACGGAGAGCUCACACACCAACGGAGACUCAGCCACGGCUUUAAACAAGAUUUGCUCCGGUUUAGAUUUCCUGUUCAGUCCUGUGUCUCCGACGGCCUCAUGUGACUCCAAAGCGACAGAGGCUGAAGACUUCAUCGACGUCAUUCUGAAAAAAGGAGAUAUUUCCAAAUUCAAACCAUCCCCUGACCCGGCUCUGGACCACCUCCACCGCUCCUCCUCCUUCUCACCGCUCGUCCCCCUCCCGUCACUCGCUGCUGCCCCCUGCCUUGACCCCGCGUACACUGCACCCUCAGCAUCCCGCACGUCACCGGGCGCAGCGGAGCAGAGAAAGACCGGGCGACUGGAGGACUUUUUAGAAAGCACUACGGGUAAACCGCUUCUCGGAGUGGAGCCCGACGGUCCAUUGACUCUGAUCGAUGACCUCCACAGUCAGAUGUUGUGCACGGCCAGUAUUUUGGACCGCCCGCCCUCCCCCAUGGACACGCUGGACAUGGAGGCGGGGACGUGCCUGGAGGGGCGGGGCGUGGACGGGAUGGACUGGUUGAACCUCACUGUGGAGGAGAACAACAAGGAUUUACCAGAGCUGGCCUCGCCUACGCCCCCUAGUGUCUUUAGUACAGACUUUCUGGACACGUACGACCUGGAGACGGCCUGGGACUCGUGUUUGUAACGGACUGCGCU